AUGUGUGUUUACACUCACCAGUUCACAAAGUGCAGGCGAUGCCUCGAUAUUAUCUACGAAGACAAUCCUGUCACAAAACAAUGCGAAGGUAUCAAGAAGGGUGGAGAUUGCACUGGGAGGGAUCAAAAGGAGAAGGACACAGUCUAUAUAGAGCCGGAGGACUGCGCAAGCUGUAUUAAGAAGGAGGAGGAGAAGGUGGCAAGGGAGGAGGCAAGGAAGAAGCAAAGAACCAGUUAG